AUGAAAUGUAGGGAAGAAUUACAUAAAAAGAUUGAUGAAGUUGAUGAAAUAGAAAAUGACGUAAAGUCAAAUGCUAAGUUUUAUAAAGAAAUUAUUACAGUUUAUGUUACAAUUACGUUAGCAACUGCUUCAUUUAUAAGUGAAGCAUCUUUAGUAGCAAAAAGCUAUCGCCAUGAUUGUAUUACUAAAGAAUAUUCAGUUUACAGUGACUUUCUAAAAUACUUAUCAAAGGAAGUUAGAGAAGAGCUAUCACAAUGUCUAUCUGAAAUGAGUAAAUGUCUUAUAGAGAUCAAUAAGAUCAUAACUUAUUGUGAAAGUUAUUGGGAAAGAGAAAUUGAAUCUAUUGAAAUAAUUAUUACAAAUUUAAACCAUUGUAUUACAUAUGAAAAAAGAAUGAUCAAAGGUUUUACUGUUUCAAUUUCAUCAAUGACAAGACAGAUUCAAAAUGAA